UUUCGGUGUAAAAUUGGCAAUAUUGAUUUAAUUCCAAAUUUAUUUUAAUUCCUAGCACUAGUGAAACCUGCUUAAAUCGGUACGGCAGGACGUGACAUGAAAAUGAUAAAAACGUGUGACACAGAAAUGCAUUGAGUAUCACGUCUUUUCUAUAGCUUGUCUAUGGCGAACAGAACGUCAGUGUACAACGCCAUCGUUUAAGGCGGGGCAAACAACGGAAACUCCGAAGUCAUAUGAUCGAUCUGCGAUUCCUUUAGGACACAGCCAUCUCUGUUCGUUACAAGGAUGGCCAGCCAAACGCAAGGUAUUCAACAGCUUUUGGCAGCUGAAAAAAGAGCUGCGGAAAAAGUUGCGGAAGCUAGAAAACGUAAGGCACGCAGAUUGAAACAAGCAAAGGAAGAGGCACAGGAUGAAAUUGAGAAAUAUAGGCAAGAACGAGAAAGACAGUUCCGUGAAUUUGAAACAAAGCACAUGGGAUCGAAAGAGGAUGUAGCAGCACGUAUAGAAGCUGAUACAAAAUUAAAAACAGAAGAAAUGAGUCAGACCAUCUCUAUGCAUAAAGACUCUGUUGUGCGUACAAUUUUGGACUUGGUGUACGACAUUAAACCAGAAUUACACAAGAACUAUCGCAUCGAAAUUUAAAUUAGAAGAAUCGUAUCGAUCGAUUAUAAAUAUUGCAUCUUAUAUUAUAAAUGUACAUUAGAUGGUGAUAUAUACUGAAAUUAUUAGAAUUUUCUCUGCAGUUGCUAUGACAAUAAAUGUAAUUGUAUUUAUGCUGAGCUUUUACCACCAUAUUGAAGAGUUGAAGAAUUGUAAUAAUGUCAUAGUAGCACUAUCAACAUACUAAACAAGUUAUCGUCAUUGUGAUAUAUCAAGGCCUAGAUAUAUUAGGAUGACGUGUAAAUGUUAAAGCUUAAGGUGAUGGAGAAAAAGUUACGUGUCGUUAAACAUAUAUCGUUAGAUGUCAUUCCAUAAUUCUGUUACAUCGAGGACGCAAGACGCACGUUAAAGGAUGUACAACUUCCAAAGAAUCACGAAUAAGCUCCUAAUCCGCUGGUUCUCGCGACGAUGUACAUAAAUGCGUAUUAUUUGAUUUGUUUGGAACAUUUCAGUUUGUUAAGUUAUAAAGGGGAAUGAAGUUACAUUUGGUGUAUAAACCCUGUCUCUGUAUGCUGGUUCAUCUGUACAGUAUUAAUGUUUGAAAAUAAAAACAGUGAACGUGUAA